GUUUCGGGACCUUUUCUCCAAUGGCGGUUCAUAAUCCCGGCCCAGUUCGGACGCUUGCCGCCGUGCGACAUCUCUCGAGCUCCUUGUUUCUCUUUUUCCCUUUUCCCUUAUGGCAAAAUGAAAAGCAAUUAAGGUUAUGCCAAGUUAGUGCGUUUUUUGCCUCGGGGGAACCGUCCGCAGGCGCGCAUGAUUUUUUUCCUGAACAACCGUUGACUCAUGCGGACGGAUUCCUCGAGGCUAUAUCUACGCAUCUCUGGCUCGUUUCCGUUGUGGCUUGAUAUCUCUUCUUCUCCCAGCUGCAUUCUUGCUGUACAUGUCCUUGUCCCCGUGUCUGGUGAAGCAAACACCUUCUCCAACCGUUUCUAUUUUACUCGGAGCUUCUAUUGGCGGAAACUUCUCUCCGUUCGUUUUCCAUUUGCAGUGACGUCGUCAAUGAGCCCUGUACCUCGGAAUACAGGAAGAAUUUAAAAGUGACCCCGUGGUCGUUGCCUCUGUUGUUUUCUCUCAAUUGAAAUCCCUUUUUUUUUAAUCUACCCACAUAGAAUCUCAUCACAAUGUCGUUGUCAGUCGAGCAGGAGGAGCAAAAGUACUGGGAGGAGGUUGAGGCCGUCAAACAGUGGUGGAAGGAUUCGAGAUGGCGGUAUACCAAGCGGCCAUUCACAGCUGAGCAGAUUGUCGCUAAGCGAGGAAACCUGAAGAUUGAAUAUCCUUCAAACGUGCAGAGCAAAAAGCUAUGGAAGCUCGUGGAAGAGAAGUUCAAGACAAAAACCGCGAGCUUCACCUAUGGCUGUCUGGAUCCUACCAUGGUCACCCAGAUGGUCAAGUACUUGGACACCGUCUACGUCUCUGGAUGGCAAAGCUCGUCCACCGCCUCCUCCACCGAUGAGCCAUCACCAGAUUUGGCUGAUUACCCAAUGAACACUGUGCCAAACAAGGUCAACCAACUAUGGAUGGCUCAGCUCUUCCACGACAGAAAACAACGUGAAGAAAGACUCCGCAACCCCAAAGAGAAACGCGCCUCUCUUGCCAAUAUCGAUUACCUUGCUCCUAUCAUCGCCGAUGCUGACACCGGCCACGGUGGUUUGACUGCCGUCAUGAAGUUGACAAAGCUCUUCAUCGAGAGGGGUGCCGCUGGUAUCCAUAUUGAGGACCAAGCUCCCGGAACGAAGAAGUGUGGACACAUGGCUGGCAAAGUUUUGGUGCCCAUCAGCGAGCAUAUUAACCGAUUGGUUGCCAUCCGCGCCCAGGCUGAUAUCAUGGGGACCGACCUUCUUGCCAUUGCCAGAACUGAUUCCGAGGCCGCGACCCUCAUCACUUCCACCAUCGACCCGCGCGACCACGCUUUCGUCGUAGGCUCCACGAACCCGACCCUCGAACCCUUGAACGACCUCAUGAUCGCCGCCGAGCGCGCCGGAAAGAACGGUGCCGAGCUCCAAGCUAUUGAGGACAGCUGGAUCGCCAAGGCCGGUCUCAAGCGCUUCGAAGACGCCGUCAUCGACCAGAUCAAGGCCUCCUCCGCCGCCAACAAGCAAGCCACCAUCGGCGCUUUCCUGCGCGAAAUCAAGGGCAAGAGCAACAAAGAAGCACGCGCCAUCGCGCGCCAGAUCCUCGGCACCGACAUCUUCUGGGACUGGGACGCUCCACGCACGCGCGAGGGGUACUACCGGUACCAAGGCGGGUGCCAGUGCGCGAUCAACCGCGCUGUGGCGUUCGCUCCCUUCGCCGACCUCAUCUGGAUGGAGAGCAAGCUGCCAGACUACGCACAGGCCAAAGAAUUCGCCGAGGGCGUGCACGCCGUGUGGCCGCAGCAGAAGCUCGCGUACAAUCUCUCCCCCUCGUUCAACUGGAAAGCGGCGAUGCCGCGCGACGAGCAGGAGACGUACAUUCGCCGCCUGGGCGAGCUGGGGUACUGCUGGCAGUUCAUCACGCUGGCGGGCCUGCACACCACCGCGCUCAUCUCGGACCAGUUCGCCAAGGCGUACGCCAAGCAGGGGAUGCGGGCGUAUGGCGAGUUGGUGCAGGAGCCGGAGAUGGAGAACAAGGUUGACGUCGUGACGCAUCAGAAAUGGAGCGGGGCAAACUAUGUUGAUGAGCUGUUGAAAAUGGUCACUGGUGGUAUUAGCAGCACUAGUGCCAUGGGUAAGGGCGUGACCGAGGAUCAGUUCAAAUAAGCGGGGAUAACUGCUCUAGACCUGAGAUUCUUCGUUGGUGCAGUGGGGGUGUGGUCAUCAUCGCAGGUGCCUUUCUUUUUUCAUUUGCAUAAUUAGAAAUAUGCAUGCUGGGAGGUGGCGUGUGACCUUUUUUUUUUUUUUUGGUCAUAUUCCAGACCUUUGCAGAGUCGAGAUUCCUAUGUUUUUCGGAUUAAUUACUGUAGAUGUGCACUAUGUACUGGGUGUAUCCAAAACCAAAGGCAUUUUACAUAUUUGAGAAAUCUACUUUCUAACGUCCUUUUUUUUAAUUUUCUUUUU